CUCUCUGCAGUAAUCCUCUCAACACAUUCUCUCAGAUCAAGAAGAAAUCCAUCGUCUAGCCUUCCGGUCGUCUGAGUCUCUCCGUUCCGCCGUUCCGCCGUUCCGCCGUUCCGCUCCGGUUAGUAAUGGCGCAGAUCAGCAUCGAGAGGGCUUUCGUUGCAGCUUUGGUGAUGGCGCUCUUCACUGUCGUCUCCGCACAGAUCGACGAGUCUCCGGCUUCUGCUCCUGCUCCCGGUCCUGCUGCUGGAGCUGGAUCUUCUCUUGCGGGUUCCGGUGCUGCCGUCGUGUUGUCUUUAAUUGUUUCUCUUUUCGCUCUGUUGAAGCAGUAGAUCUGAUCAUGGAAUUAAUACCUUUGGCUGCGUUGGAGAGUUAUAUAUAUAUAUAUAUAUGCAUUAUGAUGAUUAUUUGUGAUUUUGUGGUUUUAGUUUCGAUGAUUCGUUGUUGUUAUUUGUUUUGAUACUGGAAUAAGAAAUCGGAUUCUUUUUA